CCUAGUUAUCUAAAACUUCAAAGGUAUGACCUUAAAAAAUUGUAGCCUGAGCUCAAUAUAUAGUGUGGCAGGCUUAUAUCACACAGUUAAUAGGACUUACAACUGACUUUUACAGAAAAGCAUCUCAGCAAAAGGUUUAGCAUUCCAGCAUGCAAACAAAAUCCGUCUGUAGGAGCUUCACAUUACAUCCCACCCGUAAACUUUGCAAAAACUGUAGAAAUCUCAGGGAAGACCAUAUCUUAGAUGAAGAAGAUAUCUCAGUGAUACCUAAAGUUGUCAAGAAUAUAGCUAACAUUUCAGAAGAUUCUGUACAAAGUGACAUCUAUACAUGGCUUCCUCUGCGAUGUCCAUCCGACUGUGCGGAGGAGUUUUUCCAAGGAUUUCCUGAAGAAAAGAUACCAAAAGUCAGUUAUGAAGGACAAGAGUAUCGGUUGAGACAAAUUAUAAAGCAAAUUCCUCUUUCUGACAUAUCUCCAGAUCAUUGCCGCUUCGUCAAUCCAGAGGAUGCACAGGAUGUAGCAGCUCUCCAUAGAGACUUAAAACAUUUAUCUUUAAGAAUUGGAUUUGCUGAGAGGUGGAAAAAGGGGAUGCCUUUGCAAUGUCCAACUUGUUUGCUGUUAAUUGAAGGAGCAGAACUAGUUGUCCUACCAGCAGCAGGAAGUGCAAGAGUCUAUCAUCCAUCUUGCUUCGUCUGUUCUGUAUGCCUUGAAUUCUUAGUAGACCUUAUCCAUUGCAUAGAUGUGAAAGGAGAUGUCUAUUGUAUUCGACAUUAUUGUGAAAAAAUGAAAUUCAGGUGUCAUGCUUGUGACGAACUCAUAUUCGCAUCUCGCUAUGUGAAAGGUCAUGAUGUUUAUUACCAUAGCGACCACCUACGUUGCUUCGCCUGUGAUGAACUUCUGGAGGAUAACAAAGGCUACGAGAAGGACGAUGAGCUCUAUUGUGGUCAGUGCUAUGAAAAGAUCUUAAGUUACAAUUGCAAACGCUGCAAGCAGAAGAUAACAUUUAAUGGGGAAAAAAAGCACAUGACUUUCGAAGAUCAGUAUUGGCAUUACAAUUGUUUCAACUGCGACGUUUGCAACAAUUUGCUCUCAGACGGUCCAUUUGAAAUGCGUGAAGAUAAAUUGUAUUGCGUUAAAUGCUAUAACAGCCAGUUUGGUCCACGUUGUGCUAAAUGCGGAAAUGUGUUUGAAGCUAACUCAAAACUACUUAGGUAUGAGGACAAAGCAUACCAUUUGUCUUGCUUCAAGUGUAUAGAUUGUGGAGAUAUUAUCGGAAGUGGUAGCUUCAUUCCUCAUGCUGAUAUGAUCUAUUGCAAAACUUGCCAUUUGAGAAACUUCGGCGUCCGAUGUUUCAAAUGUCAUUAUGCUAUUACGGAUAAUCGUGGCAUUAUGUAUAACAAACAACCUUACCAUGAGAAUUGCUUCAUUUGCAGUAGAUGUUCUGUUAAAAUCUCCGACAAACCAUUUAAGAGUGUUAAAGGCUGCUGGUAUUGUAUGAAAUGUUAUGGUGACAUAUUCUGCAAGACAUGUUAUUCAUGCGGGGAACCAAUUCUGCUAGGUCUGUGCAGCAACAGAUGGCUGACUUACCAGUUGCGAGAGUGACCAUAUCAAGAGUUUUUGCGAAAACAGGACUCGAUUUCUGUGGUCCAUUUCUGGUAAAACAUUUUGUAGGUAGAAGUAAACAGGUAAGAAAAGUAUUUGUAUGUAUUUUUGUAUGUUUCACUACGAAGGCCUUGCACUUUGAAAUUGUUAAUGGUUUAACAA